AUGGGUGAGUGGCAAGAGCACGGCAAGUGCGCAAGGGGUGAGUGCGUGGCUGAGCCUGUAGGGGACUGGGUGCUGCUGGAGCUGCUCACAGGCCGCCUGCCCAUCUGGCAGGAGGACGACGCUUCCGGGCUGCAGAACGGGGGCGAAAGCCUGAUCAACCUGGUCGAAUGGACGGAGCCGUUUCUCAAGUCAGGUCAGAUUCGUCCUAUCGUAGCGCCGACUCUCGAUGUGGACCGGCACAUGCAGAGCCUCAUGAAGGUGGCUGACCUCGCCUACCGCUGCGUGCGCACUCAGCCCAAGAGCCGGCCCGCCAUGGCUGAGGUGGUCCGCGUUCUAGCAGAGGCCAAGGCCCUUCUCGACGCCGAGGGCCCCACUCCCUCCUCCUCUGCUCUCCCCCUCCCCACCCCCUCUGCUGCUGCUGCUGCUGCCGCCUCGAUUUCUGGUGGUGCUGGUUCUGCUGGUGGUUCUGCUGCUGGUGCAGGGAAUUCUCUGCUUGAGUCGUCCCUGAAGGUGGGGGAUGGGGAGUCGGCGUUGCUGAUGGAUGAGGCUGGAGAUGCUUUCGUGCCCCAUGCUUCUGUCUCUGCUGCUGCUGCGGCUGUGGUGGGAUCAGGUGGUGCGGGGGAUUACACGAAUCCGUUCUCAAUCAGCGUUAUUUCGGAGUGA